AUGAAGAACAUUUUGUCAAACAGUUUACAUGCAAUCUGUAAAAGUAAAACAAUGAGUGCAAAUCGUGACCUGAAACAAAAGAGAUGGAAAAAGAGGACGGGGGCGACCAAAAAAGUCGGCGCCACCAUCUACGACGAAUCAAGUCAUGAGAGUAAUGGAAUCGAGGCUGACGACGAAUCAAGUCAUGUGAGUAAUGGAAUCGAGGCUGACGACGAAUCAAGUUAUGAGAGUAAUGAAAUCGAGGCUGACGACGAAUCAAGUCAUGAGAGUAAUGGAAUUGAGGUUGACGACGAAAAGUAUGAAGGAAUUACAGACGAAAACGAAGAGGAAGACAAUGCAUCAAAAACCCUAGAAACGUCGAUUGAAAGUACUGAAGCGAGAAAGCUAUGGGUGGAAGUGCUUAGUGGUAAUCUAAAUCCAGGCAAUGGCAUGAAGAUGUCAAUGGUGAGGUCGAGGUUGAGAUCGAAGAAAUUAUGGGAUUCAUCUUUAAUCAUGUAUGUGUUAGGUGGCGAGUUGAGUAUGAAUGAAGUCAAACAAUUCAUGUUAAAGAUGUGGAACUUUGUGAAAUUACCAGAUAUGUAUUACAAUGAGGAGAGGUUUUCAUCUUGA